AUGAGGAGCUUUAUAUCGUGUGUUGCGAUCCUGGUGCUUGGACCUUUUGCCCUUGCAUCAGAAGAUGUCCCUGAACUGCCAUCGCGAGAUGCUUUCUAUACACCAAGAGCCUCUAAUUGGACCGAGGAGGAGGCAGGCACAAUUCUCGAUUCUCGCACCGUAACCAUCGAUCUGCCCAUCUUACCGGGCGGGGUUAUCGAAUUCGAGGCCUUCCAACUGCUCUACGUAACCCAAGACCUAGAAAAAAAAAAGGCUACAUCAGUCACGACGAUCAUCGUCCCGCAAGGGGCCAACACCAGCCGGAUUCUGUCCUACCAGAUUGCCUACGAUGCACCGGACAUCAACUGCUCUCCCUCCUACGGACUGCAGAAAGGUGCCAAUAAGGCUGCGGUCCAGUGGACUCUGAACCAAAUGCUUUUUGUGAUCGAGGCUUUGGCCGACGCCGGAUCUCCGGUUCUGAAUAUCCCCGAUUAUGAAGGAUCGAACGCCGCGUUUACGGUGGGCCCUCAGAGUGCCUAUCAGACCUUGGAUUCGAUCCGCGCUGCGACAAAUUCCGGAAAGAUCACGGGUAUCGACGAGGACGCGGAAACCAUCUUAUUUGGCUAUUCCGGCGGCGGGUUCGCAUCGGAAUGGGCUGUCGAGUUCCAUCAUGACUACGCGUCAGACGUCAAGGUCAUAGGAGCUGCGAUCGGUGGGCCUCCGCCGAAUGUCAUGAACACAUACCGAAAUGUUAAUAGAGUCGUUUCGGGGUUGAACGUCUGGGCUAUGCUCGGUGUGAUGAAUGCAAUCCCCAGGGUCAACGACUCGAUGCGGAAAGAUCUGAAAGAUGAUCACCGGGAGCAAUUCCUCGGCGGUCUUUUGCGCUGCAGUGAGCCCGAUGUUGCGCCCCCGAAGAUCCCCAGCUGGGCCAAUAUCAGCAGCUGGUUCGAACACGGGGACCAAUUCUUGACUGAGUUCGAGCCGGAACUUACAGAGAUCGGCGUCAUGGGAAACCGCAUCACAGAAGACACAGCACCAAAAUUCCCUCUCUAUAUCUACCAGGGCUCAAUGGACCUCAUUACAGCUCCGUAUAAGGACACAGAAGCACUGAAGAAAAAGUUUUGCGACGCAGGAACCCAUGUAUUCCUGGUUAAAUAUAAUGGAAUGGGCCAUGCUACCACCCUUUUUGCUGGCACUACUUGGGCCAUGAAGUGGAUCAAAAAGGUCUUCAAUGGCGAGGAAAUUAAGAAUGGCUGUGAUGAAGACCAUGAAGUGGAUGCGGGUGCUGGAGGUCUAGCUGGAUUGUUUGGAGGCGAUUAUGCCGACGGUGAUGAUUUCAGCCGCGGACGUCUUGGUUUGGCAGACGACGAGGAUCCGCACUUUAUUCAGAGUGGCGCACGCCCAGUGGAUGCAUUCGAAAGGGUAGAACUGUGA